AAGAUGAUUGGCUGUUUCUAUAAACACAGACUGGAGUAGUCUCUGUUACUUGAUUGAGCAUUUAAAAAACCUUCUUCGGAAACUUUGGUGUCAAACAUGUUGCCUAGCUGCCUUACAACUUUUUAAUAUAUAUUUGUGAUUGGACAAAGUCGCUUUUAUGUGUGAAGGAAACACUUAUCAAUACCAGCAGGUAACAGUUUCCAUGUAAACAUGCUUAGAGGCAACAUGGAGUUCCUACGGUGGAGUUGUGAUGAUGUUGCAAGAUGGAUUGAGUCUUUAGGAUUUCCACAAUACAAAGCAUGUUUUACGGAGAACUGCAUCACUGGAAGAAAGCUCAUUUAUGUAAAUUGUAUCUACAUGCCAAGACUUGGAAUCACAAAUUUUAAAGACAUGAAGGUAUUCAGAAGAGGCAGAAACUCGAGAUUUUUAUUCUAACCUUCAGAAGAGAUGUAUGUGAAUAUGGAGACGUUUAAAGUUACACAGCCUAUCAAAGCUGGAGGCUCACACAAUGUCCAAGGCAGUUUAAACAGGCUGAGAUAAUGGUGACACUGUCAUCUGUGCUGGUGUGCGUGAGCUGCUGGGGAUCACAGAGACCCUGUGGAGUCGCAGCAUCGCUGACCCUCCACGGGACAGCAUGGGCUUGUUCUUGGAAAAAAAGAGCACGACAGGUGAACGGGCGGACAACCUCACCUACCAGCAGUUCCUGGAUGACACGCAUCAGUCAGAGAGACAUGAAUCACAGCAGUAAAGGAGUGCAGCGAAAACCAAGACUUGUCAGUGUCAUUUCAUAUCACAAACUGUCAGCUCAUGAUGACUCCGAUGAGUCACUCACAGACACACACAUGCAGGCCUUGACAUUAACACUUCCCACCAGCAAAAUGCUUGUAUUUUGUAUUCUACUAGGUUUUUGUGCAAGUAUAGCCAACAUGAGCGCAACACUUUUUUUUCGUAAUAUCAGCGACUUUGUGCACACACAUACAGUGAUACAUAUAUUUAGUUAAAAUUGCUCUUGCCAUUCCAGCUCUGGAUAACCAUGCCUAAACCACUUAGGCUAUUUGUAUUGAUCUCCAGUGGUUGUGUUGUAACUGGAUGCAGCUAUUGAUCUGAGUAGAAAUCCUCAGGAUAAGUCUGUGGAUGACAACAGACAGCUAUAUUUUACACAAUGGAGCAGUAUAGGUCAUUGUUCUUGGGAUUAAAAAAAAAAAACACUGAGUCUGCGAACGUCCAAGAAGUAUCCUGUGUCGCUGUAGGCUACUGUAAUAGACUUAUGCAUAGGCUACUUUGCCAACUUGCACAAAAGGCCAACGGAUCAUUGCAUCAGAUAGUGAUGGGUCAAGGGCCAAGCAGACCCACGGGGAGCCAGGGCUUUCAGUUUCAGCCAUCUCAACACUUUCUUGCCAAUAAUGUAUGUAAUACAUGCAGGACUAUUCAGCUAUGGGCUGCUAAAUUUGGCUUUACCCAGACUAGAUGUAGCCUACACUGUGCACCAAAGGAUUUACCUAAAGGAAUGCAUUUUCAAUUACAGUCUUGUUUAUGUCACUGGAUAUUCCCGGACUCAUUUUCCAUCUCAUGUAUGUCUGAAUCUGACGAACGUUUCUGUUCUGUUCUUUUUUUAAAUUUUAUUCAUAAAACAAAUUUAGAGAAUAUUAUAGACCUACUGCGUUUCGUGCAGUAGAGUCCAAUUUACAUGAAUAAAUGAUGAUGCCUGCCUGUGAGAUAGGCUGGGAGGCACCGCAUCUGUCUAUGCACACAAAUGGUCUCUGUGCAACUCGGAGCGCACUGAUUACCAUUCCGAGCACAGCACCUCUGGUCAGAAAUGGAGCCGGGUCGGUGGUUGACAGUAGUCCGGGGGCAGGAGAGGGGAGGGGGGGGCGCAUAUUAUGGCAGCAACCUUUCAGUCAAUCUGGAUUAAGUCGCACUGAGCCCUGCGUCGUCCAGCAAAAGCCCGUGAAAGCGAUCCGAACAUCUGGCUGGAUUCAGCACAGCAGCAGUCACUCACAGCGCUGUAGAUAAUAAAGCAGCCUGUCGCUUCAAAGGCGUUUUCUCUUCUGGAGGUGCAAACAGGCGGAUGCGCAGUAUAGAGGCGAUCCCGCACAGCUGCAGCCUCGCAGCCACAACGGGACCCUUCGGCUUGCGUUUUCCAGUAUUUUUUUUUUUUCACGAAAGAGGGAAGCGGAGUUAUAGGCUACAUCUCCGAUGUGAGGGGAUCGGAGAGGAGUCGUCCUUUGUAUGCUGGUCAUGGAUUCCUUGAAGGGCAUCGCUGGUUUCGCAGGCCGUCACAUGUUCUAGGAGCUGAGACGCGUGUUUCGGGACACCUGAAUUAUCUCCAAGAGGCACUGUCGGUCCCAUUUUAGACAAGCCGCUCUCAGAAUGCUCUCAGCCCUUCUGGGAGAAAAAAUGCUCAAACACACCCUCCUCUGACUUGGCUUGAUGUUUCAUCUACAAGGUGUGUUAACCUGACUGAAAAGCCAAAUGGAGUCUCUCCUGGUUUACCUGAUAGUUCUCGGUGUGGCUGUGAAGGCCCACAAAGUUCAGGUCUGCCCCAAACGCUGCGUCUGCCAAGUGCUUAACCCCAACCUGGCGACUUUGUGCGACAAAAAGGGGCUUCUUUUUGUGCCCCCGAACAUCGACAGGCACACGGUGGAGAUGCGUCUUGGGGAUAACUUUGUAACCAGCAUCAAACGCAAAGACUUUGCCAACAUGACCAGGCUGGUGGACCUGACCCUCUCUCGGAACACUAUCGGCUCCAUCGCGCCUCACGCUUUCAAAGACCUGGAGAACUUACGAGCCCUUCACCUUGAUAGCAACCGGCUGUCCCGCAUCCUCAACGACACCUUCAGCGGCAUGUCCAAGCUGCACCACCUCAUCCUCAACAACAACCAGCUCACCCACAUCCAGAUUGGGGCCUUUAAUGACCUGACAGCACUGGAAGAGCUGGAUUUAUCCUACAACAACUUGGAAAGUGCGCCAUGGGUGGCCAUACAAAGGAUGCCCAGUCUCCACACUCUCAAUUUGGACCACAACAUGCUCAGCUACAUCCCAGAGGGCACAUUCUCUGGGCUGCAGAAGCUCAAGAGGCUGGACGUAACUUCCAACAAGCUCCAGAAGCUUCCUCCUGACCCUAUUUUCCAAAGAGCAGGGGUCCUGGCCACCUCUGGGAUAAUGGGGCCUAUGUCGUUCGCGUUGAGCUUCGGAGGGAACCCGCUUAGGUGUAACUGUGAGCUGCUCUGGCUGCGGAGGUUGCGGAGGGAGGAUGAUCUGGAAACCUGUGCCUCACCGCAACACCUCGCCGGACGCUAUUUCUGGACUGUUUCAGAGGAAGAGUUCCUGUGUGAGCCUCCUCUCAUCACCAGGCACUCUCAGGAGCUGCGAGCUUUGGAGGGUCAGAGUGUGACUCUGCGCUGUAAGGCCAGGGGUGACCCCGACCCUAUUAUCCACUGGAUCGCCCCUGACGGACGCCUUAUGUCCAAUUCCUCCAGGGCCGCGGUCCACACAGACGGCACGCUGGACAUCCUCAUCAGCACUGUCAAGGACUCUGGUUCCUUCACCUGCGUGGCCUCCAACCCGGCAGGUGAGGCCCAGCAGACGGUGGAUCUGGUCAUCACUAAACUCCCUCAUAUCACCAACAACACAGUCGCAGAGCAGGAGCCCGACCCCGGAUCAUCAGAUAUCGCCACAGUGACCAAGACUGGGGCAGAGGUGGGAGGGUUGCCUCUGGGGAACGCCAAGACGAGCCAGGAGAAGAAAGUAGUGAUUGCUGAGGCCACGUCCACCUCGGCCCUGGUCAAGUUUAACUUCCAGACGAGUAUUCCUGGAAUACGCAUGUUUCAGAUCCAAUAUAAUGGCACCUAUGACGAUUCACUGGUUUACAGAAUGAUACCUCCGACUAGUAAGAGCAUCCUGGUAAACAACCUGGCGGCUGGUACGCACUAUGACUUGUGUGUGCUGGCCAUCUACGAUGACCAGGUGACCUCGCUGACCGCCACCAGGGUGAUAGGAUGCAUCCACUUCACCACAGAGCCGCAGUACCUGAGAUGCCAUUUCAUGCAGUCCCAGUUUCUUGGCGGCACCAUUGUGGUUAUCAUUGGAGGGAUUAUUGUGGCCUCAGUGCUCGCUUUUAUCAUCUUCCUCAUUGUGCGCUACCGGGUGUGUAACCAAGGAGAUGCAGAUAAGGCUCUAGAGAUGGGGGAUAUUCGGUCGCUGAGCAGUGAUGGACAGCUACAGGGCUGUGGGAUUCCCAAGUCCCUCUCUAAGCAGGUCCUGCGUCCAGAGAAGAAUGAUAAGGAGUGCCUCAGAAUUGCCCUGCCGCCCACGGAGCCAGCCAAGCAGCGACCACCAGUCGCCGUAGCCACCACCAAACCCUCCGUCCCUGACUGCACUGUCUCUACCUCUGCAGCCAGCCACAGCUGGCACCCGGCCUCCCCGGGCGCUCCGAGGCCCAAACGUUUCAGUGCUCCGUCAAAACCCUUAGAGGCUCGCCGAGCUGAAGCUCAGGUGGAUGUCGAGCUCGAUAACAUGAACCGGAAUAACUCGUCAGAGGUUAAAAUGACCACCGCCGUCGCUCUGGCUGUGCCCGGCCAGCCCACCAAAUGGACUGCUGUUCCCAGGGUUCAGCGCCCCCAACAGGCCGCUCGACAUUACAUGACUGUGCCCGCAGGGGGAGUGAGAGUGAACCGCAGGCACUCCCUUAACGCAGACUCAUAUAUGGAACGCUGCUACGUGGCCUACCCCAAACCUGGGGCCAGUCUGCGCUCCAAGCGGAGCCUGUCGAUGAGCGGAGAGCUGCCGCAGCUGGAGAGCACAACAAACAUGCACCGGGCCAGGGACAAGCUCUCCAGGUCUGAGUGGCUUCUGGAGAGCACUUUAUGAUUUGGGGUUUAUGACCCGCGUUCUCUUGUUUUCUUGGAUUGGAUUUGUAGCCCGUUGUGGAGCAGACAGGGAUUUUAUGCCUUGUUUUGAGCUUUUGUGUGCUCUAUUGAGGGACCUGUAAGCUUCUCUCAUAUAUAUGGGGGCCAGGCAGGCAUACAGGGUUACGGGAAACUUUUCACAUUUGUUUUGUACCUUAUAACCUUUCAAAGUUGUCUUUAUAACGACAUUUGAUCAAACUUUGACAAAAGGCACAACAAUGUAUAAAACAUCUUCAUGUACAAAAAUGUUUAGUUGUGUGAGAUGCUGUAUAUCUAAAUACAGCCAUAAGUGUUCAUGUGGUAUUGAAUGCAGUAACCUGGACAUACUGUAUAAUAACAAAGAAAGAGACAUGCAGAGGUAUGGCUUAUUAUACCCACAGUCUCAUUGCCUGUAACUUAAAGUGAUACAAUCUCUGUAGACUUUCAACAUGAUUCUUGUCUCCAGCUACAGACAGACGGUGACAUGUCUUAAUUACCUUGGCUUGAGAUUACGAAUGUGCUUUACAUCCCAGAGGUGUUGGAACAGAAUGUAACAGAACAGACAGCGCUCCAUCUUUUCAUCGCGACACCCCCAGACACAGCACAAUGCAGUAUUUUUGUGGCACAAAUCGACUCAGCCUAAUACUGCCCUCCGGUUUGAAUCGAUACAUUUUUAUCACAUAAUUACAUAAAGACUCAACUCUGAUAGGAUUCCUGUCGUGACUGAUUUGAGCAACAAUUGAACCAACACCAACAGCAUGACAGGUGCAGGAAGUAAUCUGAUAUUAUGCGUAGACGGGAUCCAGAGGAAUGGUUCAUUUCCAUAUUUUUUACUGACAUUAUCAUGUCACGCCGAUGACAACCGUUGUAAAUUUACUUGUCGAUGUAAGAGAAAUGAUAAUCACAAGUAUGGGAGGACGUCAGCUCUUGAUUUUGCUGUUGUUUCUGUUUGAUGUUUACCAGUAUAAAUAAACCAGUGAUAAAAGGGACAAACUCAGA